AUGGCAUCCCUUAAGCAAUUCAUUCGAAAUGUCCGGUCGGCCAAGACAAUCGCCGACGAACGAGCAGUGAUCCAAAAGGAGAGUGCGGCCAUCCGUGCGUCCUUCAGAGAAGAGAGCCACGAUUCAAACGUUCGGAGAAAUAAUGUGGCCAAGCUUCUGUAUCUGUUUACCUUGGGUGAACGGACACACUUCGGCCAGAUCGAGUGCUUGAAGCUGCUGGCUUCCCACCGCUUCGCAGACAAGCGGCUGGGAUACCUGGGCACUAUGCUAUUGCUAGACGAGAACCAAGAAGUAUUGACGCUGGUAACGAACUCUUUGAAGAAUGACCUUAAUCACUCCAACCAAUAUAUCGUGGGCCUGGCACUUUGUGCCCUGGGAAACAUCGCAUCCGUCGAAAUGUCUCGAGACCUGUUCCCCGAAGUCGAAGCCCUGAUGUCCACCGCGAACCCUUAUAUUCGGCGAAAGGCAGCGCUGUGCGCCAUGCGCGUUUGCCGCAAGGUUCCUGACCUACAGGAACAUUUCCUAGAGAAAGCCAAGAAUUUGCUGUCGGAUCGGAACCACGGUGUUCUGCUAUGUGGUUUGACCUUGGCAAUUGAUAUGUGUGAGGCCGAGGAGGCCGAGGAGGGCCAAGAAGGAGUCAUUGAGAUGUUCAGGCCUCUCGCGGGUGGACUUGUGCGUGCCCUGAAAGGACUGACAAGUUCAGGAUAUGCUCCGGAACAUGACGUCUCGGGUAUUACGGAUCCUUUCCUCCAGGUCAAGAUUCUACGCUUGCUUAGGGUACUGGGGAGAGGCGAUGCGGCAACGAGCGAGUCAAUCAACGACAUUCUGGCGCAGGUGGCUACCAACACCGAUUCGACCAAAAAUGUCGGUAAUGCCAUUCUCUACGAGGCUGUCCUCACUAUUCUUGAUAUCGAGGCGGACUCAGGUCUCAGGGUGCUGGGUGUCAACAUUCUCGGAAAAUUCCUUACAAACAAGGAUAACAACAUCCGUUAUGUCGCUCUCAACACGCUAAAUAAGGUCGUCGCCAUCGAGCCCAAUGCCGUGCAGCGACACCGCAACACCAUCUUGGAAUGCCUCCGCGACCCAGAUAUCAGUAUUCGGAGACGAGCUCUGGACUUGAGUUUUAUGCUCAUUAACGAGAGCAACGUCCGUGUGCUUGUUCGGGAAUUGCUUGCGUUCCUGGAAGUCGCCGACAACGAAUUCAAGCCUGCGAUGACGACGCAAAUUGGCAUUGCUGCCGACCGCUAUGCUCCCAACAAGCGCUGGCACGUUGACACCAUCCUUCGUGUGCUCAAACUUGCUGGUGCAUAUGUGAAGGAGCAGAUUCUGUCCUCCUUUGUCCGCCUCAUCGCUACCACUCCUGACUUGCAGACCUAUUCGGUGCAGAAACUCUAUCUAGCCCUGAAGGAGGACAUCUCACAGGAGGGUCUCACCCUUGCCGCCACCUGGGUCAUCGGUGAAUACGGCGACAAUCUACUGCGUGGUGGCCAAUAUGAGGAAGAGGAACUGGUUAAGGAGGUCAAGGAGAGUGACAUUGUCGAUCUCUUCAACAACAUUCUGAACAGCACAUAUGCUACUCAGACCGUAAUCGAAUACAUCACCACGGCUUCGAUGAAGCUAACCGUGCGCAUGUCCGAUCCCGCUGAGAUUGAGCGUCUCCGUCGCUUCCUUAGCAGCCGGACCGCUGACCUGAGUGUCGAGAUUCAACAGCGGGCUGUCGAGUACACUAAUCUGUUUGGGUAUGAUCAGGUCCGCCGUGGUGUUCUGGAACGUAUGCCUCCCCCGGAGAUCCGGGAAGAGCAAAGAGUCUUCGGUGCUCCGACCAAGAAACGCCAGAGCAAACUGUUGAAGGAUAAGUCUAAGAAGCCGGUCAAGCAGGCGGAGCAGGAUAUGCUGCUCGAUCUCAUGGGUGGCGAUGCCCCAGCAACUAGCCCAACCACCAACGGAUCUCAGAACACAGCCGACCUUCUGGCAGAUAUCCUCGGUGGCGAUUCAGGCCUGUCAUCACCAUCUCCUCAACCUGCGCAAAAGCCGGCUGGAUCCGUCAACACUAGCGCGAUCAUGGGUCUCUUCGACUCCAAUGGCACUACGCCUUCUCCCAACGUAUCGCAGUCCGCAUCCUCCGGUCUGGAUCUUCUAGGAGGCGUUGGGGCUGCUGCGUCGCCAGCUCCAAGCCCUGCACCUUCGGCUCCGGUACACACAGCAUACAACAAGAAUGACUUGACACUCACGCUUCAAGUUCAACGUGCCAGCAACGGCAAUGCGCAAAUCCAGGCGCGGUUCCGUAACGUCGGAAACUUUGGCCAAUUCUCCAAUGUAGGAUUGCAGGCUGCUGUUCCCAAGAGUCAGCGUCUGCAGCUGAAUGCGAUCAGCAAGGCAGAUUUGGAGGCUGGUGACGAGGGGAUUCAGAUGCUCAAAGUAGCAGGCCUGGCCGGGGCCCUUCCACCUAAACUUCGCCUACGUCUGCGGAUCACAUAUGCCAAGGAUGGUUCAGACCCUGUGACGGAUCAGGUUGACUGGACCGAGCCAUGA